GGGUCCACGCCGGUCCCCGGGCCCGGGCCGCCGCCGCCGCCGUCACUUCCGCCGCUCCCUAGCAACGGCCCGGCCAUGGCUGAAGUGGACGAAACCCUAAAGAGGAUCCAAGCCCACAAAGGGGUCAUUGCGACUAUGGUCAUCAACGCGGAAGGAAUUCCAAUAAGGACAACUCUUGAUAACUCUACAACAGUCCAGUAUGCAGGUCUUCUUUGUCAGCUCACCAUGAAAGCGAGGAGCACAGUGAGAGAUAUUGAUCCUCAGAAUGAUCUAACCUUUCUCAGGAUCAGAUCAAAGAAACAUGAAAUCAUGGUAGCUCCAGAUAAAGAGUAUCUCCUGAUCGUUAUUCAGAACCCAUGCGAAUAGGCCUAGUAUGGCAAUAUUUUCAGACAGUGAUGUAGCUCUACUUGUUAAACUAAUAUUACUUAUUGAUAGUUAAUAUCAAACAUAGCACUUACAAAUUUUACAUAACAUCUAACUGUCAGGACUAAAAUGUUGCCAAUUUAAUAUUCUGUUGUAGCUCUACCAAUUUGUGUGAGCAAAUCAUAAUGCAAAUACCAAAAUGUUGUAUGUUUGUCUUGAUGUUCAGAAGAGCAAAAUAAAGCAAAAUACUUAAAGA